GCACGCAGAAUCUUAAGUCGCGUUCACACAUCUAAGCACCAAAACCAGACAAAACUAUUUAUUUUCCUAUUUUAAAAAUAUUAAACAAUAAAAUAUUUACAUCGGUGUUUAGUUAUUAACCUAUUAGUUGUUUAUGUAAUAUUUUUGUAUGUAAAUUUAGGCAGGUUUUAGAAUAUCAAUGUAUUUAUUUAAAAGUCGGUUCCGGUGUAAAGUCACCUUAAAACGCCAAAGAAAAUACGUGACAUAUGACGUAUGAGUUUCUUCAGAAUUUUUGAAUAUUUUUGUUUUUAAAUUAAUUAUUAAACAAAUAUUCAAUUUUAAACUGAAGUAACCACUAAAUCAUGUCGAAAAGACACGCAGAGGAGCCUACCUCCUCUGGGGGCCUGCCCCCCAUUAAGAAAAUUCAUUUUGAACCCCAUUUAAUCGGUCCUGUCUCUACUCUCGAAGAAAUGGACAUCAAGGUGCUUCAGUUCCAAAACAAGAAACUCGCACAGAGGAUCGAGCAAAGAUGCAGAACAGAACAGGAACUGAGACAACGGAUUGAACAGCUUGAGAAGAGGCAAACUCAAGACGAUGCUAUGCUGAACGUGGUGAACCGUUACUGGAACCAAUUGAACGAGGAUAUUCGUAUUCUAUUGCAAAGAUUUGAUGCAGAAACAGCCGAUGAGUCUGAAAAUAAAAAUGAAAAUGAGGCUACUACGUCUUUUCUUAUGCAGCUCUCAACUUGGGACAAGGACGAACUCAAUGAUAAACUGGCCAACAGAGUUCAAGUAUCAAGAAGAGCUGUGGCUAAAGUUAUUCAGGCUUUUGACAGGCUUAUGCAAAGGAACGAGAAAAUUACUCUAGCUCUUAAAGGAGAACUAGAGGGACAGGAUGCCCCAUCCGUUGACGAAGCUAUUCGCCAAACCAACAUACAACUGCAAGCGGAAAACAGAAACCUACAAGCACUACACACAACGUUACAUGAAAAAUACCACACAAACAGCUUGAAAGUGGCCGAAUUACAGGACUCUGUAACGGCAAAAGAGACAGAAAUAGCCGAAUUAAAAAAUCAGAUAGAUGAUCUUCAGUAUGAGCUGGAAAAAGUGAGAAAUAGGAAUGAUAAGUUGGAGACUCACUUGGCUGAAGCGGUCGAGAAAAUCAAGGCCUAUCAUCAGUUGCACGGUGACCCUGAGAAGGGUGUUCAACAGAAACCGGUGGUGCAGAGCAGUGUUUCACAGGCUAAAUUAGAAGAUCUAAUGAAGGAAGUGGAAGAAUACAAGGAACUGGCAAACAAUAGGCUGCAAGAAUUGGACAAAUUGCAUCAAACCCAUCGUGAAACAUUGAAAGAAGUUGAAAAAUUAAAAAUGGAUAUAAGACAACUACCAGAAAGCGUUAUUGUCGAAACCACAGAAUACAAGUGUCUCCAGUCUCAAUUCUCUGUACUGUACAAUGAAUCGAUGCAGCUUAAAACGCAGCUGGAUGAAGCUAGACAGCAACUGCAAACCAGUAAGAAUGCGCAUUUAAGAAACAUAGAAAUGAUGGAGAGUGAUGAGCUAAUAGCCCAGAAAAAAUUGAGGCAAGAGGUCAUGCAGUUAGAGGAUUUCUUGGCUCAAUUGAGAAAAGAAUAUGAAAUGCUUAGGAUAGAGUUUGAGCAAAAUCUAGCGGCCAAUGAGCAAACAGGGCCUAUAAAUAGAGAAAUGAGACAUCUGAUCACUUCAUUGCAAAAUAACACUCAGCAAUUAAAAGGUGAAGUGCAUAGAUACAAAAGAAAAUACAAGGAAGCCAAUGGAGAACUACCGAAAUUAAAGAAAGAAAUAGAAGAUUUGCAAACUAAACUUACUCAAAAACAAGGUAGUCAUCAGCAAGAAUCUAAGGAAGCUAUUAAAAAAGAAGAUAUCAAAGAAGAAGCGGAUAUUAAGGAAGAAGGAAAUGCUCCUGUCAAAGAGGAACAAUCAGUGACGGACGUGAAAAAGGAAGGUGAAGAACAAGAGCAAACAACAGAAAAUGCUGAAGGAGACAAGAAUCAGGCUUCAGGAUCUGGAGAAAAAAAGGAUGUCAAGCAGGAGAAGAAUAUCAUUAAGAAAGAGCAACAAAUCAAAACGGAAAAAGAUCAGAGAGAAGCUCAGAGGGUCAAAGAGGCUAAAAUUGCUGAAAGUGAAAUGAUCAGGGAUUUGAAAAACCAACUAAAGAAAGCUCUGAACGAACAGAAAGAGAUGAAGCUGUUGUUGGACAUGUACAAAGGAGUGAGCAAGGAACAGAGGGACAAAGUGCAGUUGAUGGCGGCUGAGAAGAAGCUGAGAACGGAUUUGGAUGAGAUGAGGCAACAAAUGAAGAAAAUGCAGGAAAACAAAAGAGACGAUAAAAGGAAGUUAGCAGAAGAUGAAGCCCUGAAGAAGAUCAAACAGUUAGAAGAACAGAAAUAUGAGCUUCAGAAGCAGGUGGCUCUGCAAAAACCUUCAGAUGGCAACUGGCCAGGGGGCGUUGUCCAUCAAAUGAGACCAUUUGUUGGCUCCCAUGAGGAGGAAGCCUUGCUAAAUGAGAUGGAGGUUACUGGUCAAGCUUUUGAGGACAUGCAGGAACAAAAUUCAAGACUGAUUCAGCAAUUGAGAGAAAAAGAUGACGCGAAUUUCAAACUGAUGUCUGAAAGAAUCAAAUCAAAUCAGUUACACAAGCUGGCCAGGGAGGAAAAAGACGUUUUAAAAGAACAAGUGACUACACUGACGACUCAAGUGGAUGCUGCGAAUUUAGUUGUAAGAAAACUAGAAGAAAAAGAGAGGAUACUGCAAAAUACUUUGACGACUGUCGAAAAAGAACUGCAGUUGAGACAACAAGCGAUGGAAAUGCAUAAAAGAAAAGCUAUAGAAUCGGCGCAGUCGGCGGCGGAUUUGAAGUUGCAUUUAGAAAAAUACCACUCUCAAAUGAAGGAAGCCCAACAGGUGGUCGCCGAAAAAACAUCUUCGUUAGAAGCAGAAGCGUACAAAACAAAGAGGCUUCAAGAAGAAAUAGCACAACUGAAACGAAAGGCUGAAAGAAUGAAGAAGAUGGAGCUUGCCGGUACGACCUUGGACGAGGUCAUGAUGGAGGAAAUCAGGGAGUACAAGGAGACGUUGACGUGUCCUUCGUGCAAGGUCAAACGGAAGGACGCGGUGUUGUCGAAAUGCUUCCACGUGUUUUGUUACGACUGUUUGAAGACGCGAUAUGAGACGAGGCAGAGGAAGUGCCCGAAAUGUAAUUGCGCCUUCGGAGCUAACGACUAUCAUAGACUCUACCUGUCAAAUUAAUUAUUUGAAUUCUAGUUUUAUGCGCCUAUGUGUUUAGGUUAAGUGUAUUAAUUUUUUUAAAUGGUAUUUGAUCAAUUUUUGAGUAUAAAUCGUGUAAUUUAUUUAAAAUAAAACGUCUUUUUAAGUAG